AUGGACAAGGAAGGGGGAGAGAAAGGGGGGACAGGAAAGGGAGGAAAAGGGAAGGAAGGCUCGACAACGUGGGUGCAUGUUGUUGUCGUGUCACGUUGUCGUCAACGUGUUGCGUUGUCGACAACGUGGGCGCUCGACGAUGUGGGCGCGCGUCGUCGUCGUGGCGUCGCGUCGCCGUUGUGUUGCGUCGUUGUCGUGUCGUCGUAUGCACUCGUCGUUGUCGUUGUCUUCGCCAAUGGGGUGGGUGCUCUACGUCCUGGUGGAUUUUCUGUUGUGAAUACCAAGGACAUCGUCGAUUCAUUGUGGAACGACCGAUUGGCAAGACGAGCAAUACAGCUCGGAAAAUGGAAACAUGCCCAGGACAUCGAAACCUCAGAAGACAUUCUCGCGGAUCCAUCUAAAAUACCAUACAGCGAGGAGAUCAACAAAAUCCUCUCACCAUUCAAAAAGCUUCUGAAGAAAUUACUCACAUGCUACAGUCCAGAUGACCUAAAGAGUGAAAUCAUCCCAGCAAGAGAUUGGUUAGAAAACAGCAAAAAGCCUCUUCAAACAAGCUUGGUUCCGUAUUGCGGAGCUCUUUCUAUUGUCAAGAGAGCCCAGAUCACAAAUUGGUUUCUGUGUCACAUCAGCAAAAAUGCAGAGACCUGGCUUGGGCACUUACCACUAGCUCAUGCAUUCACCCUUUACACUGCAGAACAUAUCAAAAAUGAACCCAAGUUGAAGGUACUCACACAGCCAGAAAUCAUCAACAAGGCUUGGAGGAUCCAAUUUACAAGUAUCCCUUCAGUCUUGUUCGACAUUGAUGUUGAAUGCGAGGCCUUGGAGAAUCUGGAGACAGAGAUGUUUGAGGUUUCAAGAGCUGCGGGGAUCACGAGUUAUUAUCAAUGGGGCUUGGAUGCAGGACAUCACCAAGAUUGGGAUCCGUAUGAAAGGAUGGAAGACUUGAAUCACCAGGAUUGUCCUGGAGAUGAUGAUGAUCUUCAGGUAAGUGAAACCCACUAA